AUGUGGACUUCAUUAAAGAAUUACUUUAAAAAGCACAGACGUAGCUUAACUAUUACUGCUUUCGCUGUCAGUGGGACAUAUCUCCUAGGGAUAUGGGCAAAAUGGAAGUUCUUGGAAUGGCAAGAACGUUCUGGAGCUGAACGAACAGCAAGAGAAAACAUGAAGCGUCGCUUCCAAAAACGCCAGUCCGAUUGCGCGUAUACCAUUACAAGUUGUCUUCAUAUCGUUGCCGAUAACAUCCUAAAUGAAAUCGACGUAGAUGCCAUCAUAAACGAACUACAAAAAGCCAGGAAUAGGAAGCAAUCACCGAAAAUCUUUUCUCCAACGUCUUCUGUCGUUAUGGUAGAUCGGGCAACGAACCCGGCUGAUGAUGAUCCUGCGGAGAAUGCUUCGAAAGUUGGCAGUGAGGAUGAGAAGAACAAUACUGAAUCAUCCGCGGAAAAAGACGAGAGUACGCCAGAAUCAUCUUCGAAUGACAGUACUCCAGAAUCACCGACUAAUGGAUCAGGAGAAAGCGAGGUUAUAAUGGAUAAGAAAACGAAGAGGGAACUGUGGGAAGAAGUCAAGAUCAAGAGUUUCAUGAGAACAAUUUCUGCUGUAUAUAUAUUUGCCUUUCUCUCUCUCCUGACGCAUCUCCAACUAAAUUUGCUUGGCAGAUUCAAUUAUCUAUAUUCUGUAAUCUCGCUUACUGAGCGCGAUCGCGAGCAAACAAUCCAAAUUCAGCACCCAACCGGGAGUACGAUAAACGCUUUGACAGAAGCAAAAUAUUUAACUUUUUCGUGGUGGUUGUUGAACAUUAGUUGGCGACCUCUUGUAGAGAGUGUGAACUUUGCGGUUCAAUCCGUACUCGCAGAAGUGCCAGUAAAUAGGAAGGUGAAGUACGAGGAUAUUGUAUGGAUGAUUUCCCAAGUGAGGUCACAAGUUGAAGGUCCUCCGGAAUUACGAAAAACAUUCCGUGGUAUAAUGUUACCAGAUAAGUUGUCCGAUGAGUUAGAAGUAUUGAGAAAAGGAAGUAACGGCACUAUUGAACCGGUUAUAGAUAAAGAGCUGCGCGACCUCUUAAACGAGACUAAGGAUGUAAUUGAUAGCAACGAUUUCUGGAUGGUACAAAGUGCCGUCCUAAAUAAGCUCUUUGAAGUAAUGCAGUCUGACAUACAUAAGGUUUUUUAUCCUCCUGAUGCUGACAACAAUGACCUAGAAGAGAAGGAAAUGUUGCUUGCGAAAUUACUUCCAAGUAUUACUCGGGAGACACAUCAAGUAGUUAAUGGUGUUCCUAACAGAUUUCUUGAGGCAAUUUCUGAAAUUACAGAGUUAGAGGCGUUGUCUGCUAUAAUUUAUACUUCAUUUGAAGAUGAAUAG